AUGUCUAAUGGCUCCCUCACAGAUUCCAUCACCAGUCUCAAUCCUAUAGUUGUGACGAUAGCAUACUUCAUGCGUAACAGCCACCCGCUAAUCAAAGUGACAGUUGACGUUUUCCUCCGCACGUUACACGAGCACAUGUUCCUGUCGGCGCCUGUCGCCGAUUGGCUGUUUAAUGGAAUCGACGAUCCAGUACUGAAAAUUGUAGAACAUUUUCCGGAACUACCAAUUAAUAUUCCGUAUGAUAAAUUCGGAUGGUUUUAUGAGAGAAAUGGUUCCCGGGAGUACGACGGUAUAAUGUUAAUGAACACGGGUGCGGCUGAUUUCAGUAAAUUGGGAAAUAUUGAAAAGUGGAAGUACUCGAACACGACGAUGUAUAGAGACGAAUGUGGCGAAGUCCGGGGCUCAACGGGAGAACUAUGGGCUCCUGAGAUAGGACAACCUGAAGUUACGAUAUUCGCUCCUGAUAUAUGCACAUAUUUGAAUCUCGCGAAGAAUGAGACAGUUUCGGUUUUGGGUAUCGAGGGAAUGAUGUACGUCGCGAAUGACUCGGUCUUUGACAACGGAUACAGGUAUCCGAGAAUGGCAUGCUACUGUGACGAAGUCCGAGAUGAGAACUGCCUUCCACCGGGAGCUCUAAAUGUGUCUUCGUGUCGGUUUGGAGCACCAGCUUUUGUCAGCCGGCCUCACUUCCUCCGUAUGGACUCGUAUUACCCAAGCAAGAUUAGUGGACUUAACCCCACAGAAGACAUGAACUUCCGUCUGGCCCUGGAAAUGUACACUGGUAUGCCGUUGACUGUAUCAGCUCAAUUGCAGAUAAAUCUACUCGUCAGACAUAUAGGAGGAAUCACUAUAAACAAUCAACUGCCAGACGCAGACACUCUUAUGCCAAUGUUCUGGUUCCGCCAAGAAGUCAGGAUGAACGAAGAGUACGCGAGCCUCGCCCGUUUCGCGUUGAACCUGAGAUAUUAUAUGCCCGUUGGCUUUUAUGCACUUACGGGUAUUGGUGUGAUUUUAUUAUCUGUAGGCAUUUGGAUAAUACUUCAAAAGUUACUUAGAUCGCCCGAAUCGACGCCCAUACUUUCCGGAGCGUCACAGGAAGACGUAUCGGUGACGGAGCGGUAG